AUGAUGGUCAAAUGCAGUAUUCUUCUCUAUUCCUUAUCAUUAUCAAGUCUUGUGAAUGUUGCUUUGCCUUGCGUAGCAACCAGUCCUGGAACUACAGUAACCACAACUACAGCUGCGACGACAACGACAGCUGCAACAGGCUGUACAAGUUGUACUGUCGGUCAAGUAACAUUUGCUCAAGAUGAUGGAGGAAUUGAAAUUGAUACAAUGGGAAUUGAGGGAAAUGAUCCAGCUUCUGGAUGUUUGACAUUGACAGCCACGUGCACAGCUGAUGUAAACUUUAUUGCGUUUAUGCAGUUCAAUAAUAAUCAAGGAGGUCCUGCUGAAAAUGCAAAUAUGGGAAGGACUGUCAAUGCUCUAUUGAAUUGUGUGGAUGGAAAUUGGGUUUACACGAGUGGUGGAGUAUCCAGAAUUGUAACUCAAGUGUCUUGUAAUCAAGCACCGGAGGCUGGAUAA